AUGUCGGUCGAUUUCAUGACGACACACAAGAAGAAAUCUGCUUGGUGCAUUCUUAAGCUGGUUGGGGAGAGGAAGUAUGAAGUCAUAAAUCAUGGUUUAAGUCAAGUUGUGGUUGAUUUGGCAAGGCACAGUUGUGCUUGUAGGCAAUGGGAUAUUAGAAGGAUCUCAUGUAAGCAUGCUUGUGCUACAAUAGGCCAAAGACAUGGAGAUCACUUUCAAUAUGUUGUUUAUUGUUAUAAGAAAGAAGCUUAUAUGAAAGCUUAUAACCCAAUUUUUCACCCAAUGACAAGCCAGGAUUUGUGGCUUAAGUCUAACCUCCCACCUCUACUGCCACCUAAAGAUCACAAGCACUUCCAGCCUAGGAAGAAGAGGAUUCCAUCCGCUGGUGAGGCUGAAAGAUUUAAGCUUAAUGGAACAAAGCUGCAAAGGCAUCACACUGAGAUCAAGUGUUCGAUAUGUAAACAAGAAGGCCACAACAAGAGGAAGUAUCCAAAUAGAGAAGAAUUAAUGAGCAAGUAG